UGCAAUGGAGACCAAUACCGCCACACCAAGUUCCACAUUGAUCACCGUCCGUCGAAACCCACACCGUAAGGUCAGGUCUACCGCCUUAUUCAAUGCAUCUCGACUUCGACUUCAGUCCACUUCAUCUUCUGAAUUACCUCAAAUUUCUUCGUUUCCAAUCCAAGAUAUUCUCUCAGAAAAAAUCCUGCAAAAUUCCCCCGCCAUCACAGCCGCCUCUCCAUCACCUCCGCAAGAUUCAGUCCUAGAAAACCUCAAAGUAUUUUUGAGAAUCCGUCCUCUUGUGCCUCUUAAAGGCUCAAAAAAUAACACAGUAGAUCAACAUGCUAGGUCGAGGACGAAAAACGUUUGGCCUCAAAAUCCAUCAAAAAAGAAUAGCGUCAAAGAGAAGAAAAAUCCACAGAAGAAAAGUAAUGAUAGUUGUAUUACGGUGAGCCAGGAUUUUUGUUCGGUUAUUUUGUCACCUCCUUUGCAUCUACAAGAGACUAAACGCGUCAAAUCGGAGGUUUAUGAAGGGUUUUCUUAUGUGUUUUCAGAUGAGUCGACUCAGUCUGAAGUAUACGAAAAGAUGAUGAAUCCGUUGGUUGAGGAUUUUCUCAACGGUAAAAGUGGAAUGUUGGCCGCAUUGGGGUCGACAGGCUCCGGCAAGACACAUACAAUUUUUGGAAGUUCUCGUGAACCUGGUAUGGUUCCUCUAACACUCAAACGGAUUUUCAAUCCCGCUCAAGGGUGUGCCUCCCAGUCCUCAAGGCAAUUUCACUUAUAUUUCGAAAUAUGUGCUGAGCGAGGAAAAACCGAGAGGAUAUGCGAUUUAACUUCUGAAAGACCAGAUCUGUCUAUGCAGCAAUCAACCAUUAAAGGGCUCGAGGAGGUUCUAGUCCAUGAUGUUGCUGAGGCAGAGUCGUUGAUAGCUCGUGCUCUUCUGAGACGUUCUACGGCUAUGACAAAUGCCAACAGCAAGUCAAGCCGUUCACAGUGCAUCAUCAACAUUCGGGGAGGUACUGAAAUGUCUGAUCCAGAAAAUGAUAAACAAUCUAAUUCUGCUGUUUUAUCUAUUGUUGACCUUGCUGGAGCUGAAAGAGAAAAAAGAACUGGAAAUCAGGGAGCACGAUUGGCCGAAAGCAAUUUUAUCAAUAAUACAUCCAUGGUUUUUGGUCUGUGCCUAAAAUCUUUGCUUGAGCACCAAAAGAAUCCCAAGAAGGCACUGCAGAAGCACUUUCAGAAUUCCUUGCUGACAAGAUACCUCCGCGAUUAUCUGGAAGGCAAAAAGAGAAUGACUCUGAUUUUAACAGUAAAAUCUGGAGAAGGAUAUCUGGAUGCAUCAUACCUAUUACGACAAGCUUCACCUUAUAUGAAAAUCAAGUUUGCUAACAUUGAGGCUCAGUCCAAUUUGCUCCGCAACAAGAGACAAAUACAAACCUCUAAAGUUGAGCAGUCUAAGAGAAUGAAAUUUGGUAACUUAGAUGCUUCAAUGAUUGAGAAAAAGAUUGUCGAAGAUGGAAAUCGGCUUCCUGAUGAAGGUUAUUAA